GCUGGGUACCUAUUUCAGCUUCUGAAAGUCGAUGGAUUGAAUACAAGUAUGAAAAAUCCGCCAUAGGGCUUCUGGCGCUCCUUAGGAGUGCUUGCCGCAGUCAUGGCUCCGCUGAGAGAUCUCAGAUUGUUUUUCAUCUUUUUCUCUUCAUUUUCAUCCGAUUCUCUCACCAUUUCUUCAAUUCCCUUUCAAGCUAGUGUAGUGUUCGAUCAAAUCUUGAAAAACCCAAAUAUAUUUUUGCUUUUUCUUGCUUUUCCGUUCUCAAAUCUGGUCGACGGUUUACAUCUGGAAGGGAAUUGGGGCUGAAUGAAGUUUAUUCCGAUGAGCAAAUCGAUAGUUACUGUGGCAUGUUUGUUGGGCAUUUAGGUUUUGUUGUUGGUGUAGAGAAUAGAUAGAUUGCGUUUGCAUUGCUUAAGAACUUGAAUGUUGAUGACCUAGUUACUAACUGUGUGCUCGAUUUGUUGUUGAUGAGGUCUAUUUGCCCUAUUUCUGUUAAGAAUCUACUGGAUGUGUGGUAUUUAUCUAAGAAUCCAGUUAUGUUUAUGAGGGGGUAAAGCCUGUUCAUUAUGCCUAUGUGAUUCCAAAGAAGAAUACCCAUGAUGAAAAUUAGGAAGAAGAUAGUAAAAAUUGAUCAUUUAGUGGAGAUGUUAUCGUCCUUGGCAACAAAAACCAGUGUGCUGCAGGGGUUGGUGGCUGCCUCCUAACAGCCACAGGGACCCCCUUGGCUCCUUUAGGGCUUCACAGAGUAUCACUUGGGAAGCAGCUAGGCUGGCAAUUCCAGGUAUGUUGCUCUUGGCGGUCUCCCCUAGGACAUGGUUUGAAGAGUCCUUCUCUUAUGGGCGUUUCAUCUACUUCAACCGUGUACAUGAUGAUUCAUUGGAGGCUGUUUCAUUGGUGUUUUAUAUCAAGGAAGAAGAUUUCAAAGCGGAGAAGGAAAGGGCCUUAGGAUUGUUCAAGGCUGUUGGACCCUACUUCCCCGCAAAUCAUGAAGCUUGUCAGUUCAUACUUCAUGCUGCGUCCGAAGCUGCUUUCGGUAUCUUCUCUAGUCUCAUCAGCGGGUAUUCUGCAGUUGAGAGCAAAAGAAUCCGAUCUUAGGUAAGCUUGUUUUGGCUUCAAAUUCUAUAGCUUCUUAGGCUUCUGGGUUCUGUGUUGAAUUGAAGAUUUUGAAAUAAAGCUAUAAUCUUUAC